AUGUCCAUCACUGUGAAUCUGAAGAGGAUCUUUAACCUGCCAGGACGAUCUGACAGAAAGGUUGAACUCUGCUUCAGAGAUUUCACCCAUAAAACCAGAGUCCUGCAGUGUGAGAAUGUGGCUAUCUUCAAUGAGCAUUUCCGAUGGCCUCACUACGGUAAAGAGAUCAGUACUGAAGUUUUGACCGUCAGCGUUUACAACUGCAGUAAAUUCUUCUCUAACAGACUACUUGGGAAGCUGAUCAUCAGCCUCCAGCAUGUCGUGACUUCUGGGAGGUUGGUAGUACGGGAACCGCUCACCGAUGCCAGCUACAGCCUGACUGAUAUCUACAUUGAGCUGGAAAUUCGGUUUCAUCCACUUGAAGGAACCGCAGGAACCUGGGAUGGACGGGACUUUCUGAGCAUAGAUGAAGAAAAGGAUGAAUCAACUCUGGUCAUCAGAAAUGAAGGAGCUGAUGACAUUGAAGGGCAGCGGACAAUCGGCCGCCUCGAUCAGUUGGACAGAGAGGCUCGACGCCUGGGGCAGAGUCUGCUUCCGAGGGAUGAGGAAGACGAGGAUGAUGAUGAUGAUGAUUACGAUGAUGACGUGAUGGACAUGGAGGCUUCGAACAUCAUCUUUACUUCUCUGCUGAGUCGUUGCAGGCCGCUGUCUAAAAGUUCUGUUGGAGCGAUGCCCAGAGUCCAGAGUUUCCAGGUAAAUGUGAACAUCCUCGAGGCCCAGAAGCUGGUUGGAGUGAACAUCAACCCUGCAGUUUUCAUCAGCGUAGGAAACCAGAAAAGACACACAGCAACGCAGAAAUCCACCAACUGUCCGUUCUACAACGAGAACUUCCAGUUUGACUUUCAGGAGGCUCCACAGACUUUCCUUGAUAAAGUCAUAGAGAUAAAGGUGUUCCACAGGCGGACUUUGGCCUUCCUGUUGACCCACAUUGGAACCUUCAAGAUUGACAUAUCUACCGUGUACAACCAGCCGGACCACCGCUUCUACCAGAAGUGGGCUCCUCUCACUGAUCCUGCAGAUACAAGGUCAGGGAUCAAAGGUUAUGUCAAGGCCAGCCUCAAUGUGCUAAUGAAGGGGGAUACUCUGAGCAUGCCCAGUCUGCCACCGUCCUCCUCGUCUGGAGCCACCGAAGACAUUGAAAAGAACUUGCUGCUUCCUCGUGGUAUGCCUUCUGAGCGCCCCUGGGCUCGGUUCCGUGUCCGGAUCUACAGGGCCGAGGGUUUGCCCACCAUGGAGGCGGGGCUAAUGGCCUUUGUGUCUGUCACUGACAGGACUGUAUUCAUUGACCCCUAUGUGAAGGUGACCUUCGCUGGCCAACAGGGGGAAACAUCUGUCGCCACUGCCACCAACUGUCCAGUUUGGAACGAGGAGAUCUCCUUCAUUGAACAGUUUCCUCCUCUGGCUCAGCGAAUCAAAGUUCAGAUUCUCGAUGACUCUAAGAUGGGCGACAUCGCUUUGGCAACUCACUUUCUUGACUUGCAGCAGAUCUCUGACCCCACCAGGAAUGGAUUUAACCCCACCUUUGGCCCAAGCUGGGUUAACCUUUAUGGAUCUCCUCAGAACUCCACCCUUGGAGAUGUCCACCAGGCUUUGAAUGAGGGUCUGGGUGAAGGACUCUUCUACCGUGGCCGAAUCCUCCUCGCUCUCUCCAUGGAAGUCUAUUCUUCCCCCUCAGCUAUCGCUACAGACACAGGCUCUGCUGCCUUGGGAAAGGUGAAAGGAGCCCUGAGUAAGCUGGGAUCGAGGAAGAAAAGGAGCAGUAAAAAAGAUAAGAAGGAAGCAGCGUCUCAGGCUGCUAGUGGACCUGAUGAGUCAGGGGAGGCGAGUGUUGAGGUACCAGAGGCUGCGACUGUGGAUGUCGAGGAGAUCCACCCUCUCCCAGAGGGUCUCCUGGGACAGAAGGAGGAGUUUCUGCUGUUUGCAUCUCUGUUUGAAGUCACAAUGAUGGAACCAUCUGUAGGAACCAAACCAAUAACCUUUGAACUCUCCAUAGGGAAUUAUGGGAAAGCAGUACAGGUUAGGAAGUCAAAGAAGAAGCAGAGCAAGGAGGAUCUGAGAAGGAGCAGGGAAGAGCUGAGGAGCAGCAGAGAGGAUCUGAGCGAGGAGACUCGGAAUCUGCUGGAUUCAGAGGACGAGCUGGACCGAGAGGAGGUUCAAAGUCCUGAACCUGAGAACAGAUCUGUGUCUGCUGCCAUGAGGCCCCAACCCACCGAGUACAGCAGGUCUUUCCAGUGUCUCCAACUUCAUCCCCCAUUAGUGAAAUCGAAGCCUUGUUUGUUUGUCUGGAGUCAGUUUGAAGACCACAGCUUUCGUCUCUAUCAGGCUAACUGGCUGAGCAAGAUGGCAGACAGGCUGGAGAUUGGUCUUGAUGAGGUGGAAAAACUUUUGAGGAGGCCGAGGAGUAAAGCGAAGCAGCGACUGGACGAGGUGCUGCUGGAGCUCGUGGUCUCCUGCAAACAGUUCAGUGCUUUCUCUGAAAAGAGAUCUCAGUCGCGUCCCAACAACCUCGAUAAAUGCAGAAGGAACUUCAUCAAGAAGAAUUUGAUCCUGCUGGCCAGGCAAGCAGUCAGGGCCAGGCGAAGGAUUACAAGACGGACUGCCAAACAGCGGCUAAUGGAGAGCAAGAGACUCCUCAAGAAGCUCCGCCUACUGGCUGUAGAGCCCCAGAGUACCAUCCCAGAUGCUUUCAUAUGGCUACUGAGUGGAAAUAAGCGACUAGCUUACGUCAGGAUCCCGGCCUACUCCAUCCUGUUCUCAUUGGUGGAGGAGCAGAGAGGGCGGGACUGUGGCAAAGUCAGCACUCUUUACAUGAAGUCUCCGGGAGGUCCAGCAAGUGAGAUCUUUGUGAAACUUGAGGUCUACCUGUGGCUUGGUCUUACCAAGUACAGCAAAGAGGUCAUCAGUUGCCUGCCUGAGGACUUUGUGCCAGUUUAUGCGGAGGACAUAGGAGAGGGGGAGGAGCAGAGGGGGCUUGUUGAUACGGGUGGAAGGAGGAAGCUUCCUCUUGGACUGUCCUGCCAAGACCGCAGGUACUACCAGCUACGAUGUCACCUGUACCAGGGGCGUGGCUUGAUGGCUGCAGAUGAUGAUGGCCUGUCAGACCCCUUUGCCAGGGUGGUCUUCACCACUCACUGCCAGGUCACAAGGAUGUUGCCAGACACACUCUCUCCUGCCUGGUGUGAGUGCUUGGUGUUCGACAGAGUCCUCCUUGAGGGAACGAGAGAGGAUCUCCAACAGGAUCCACCCCUCAUCAUCAUCAACAUCUACGACUAUGAUGCUGUGGGUGGUCCGAAGCCUUUGGGUCGAGCUUUUGCUGAGCCUGAGUUUAAAACCGUGGAGCAGUUGUAUGAAAAGCCCCGCCUCCGUUUCUUUGAUGUUAACAUGGGGAGGGUCUCCGCUGGAGAGCUGCUGGCUGCCUUUGAACUCAUCGAGUUGGACUACUCUGGGUUUGGAGAGCCCACUCUCCCCAGCCACGUGGACCCGCAGGAACUGAACUACGAUGAAGAGCACAAUUUUUACCUGAUCCCUGAAGGAGUGCGACCUGUGCUGAAGACUUUCAGGAUUGAGGUGCUGUUCUGGGGUCUGCGGGACCUGAAGCGAGUGCACCUCUUUGAGGUGGAGCACCCUCAGGUGAAGAUCGAGUGUGCAGGACGACAACUGGAGUCUGAGGAGAUUGAAAGCUACAAGACUAACCCAAACUUCAAAGAGGUGGUCCACUACAUGGAUGUGGAGCUGCCGGAGGAGUCGUACCUGCAUCCUCCUCUCACAGUGUUUGUGGUAGAGCAUCGAGCGUUUGGCCACCUUGCUCUGGUCGGGUCCCAUGUGGUUCAGAACCUCAUGGACUACGGCCCGCGUGAGGUUGCUGGGGAGCCAGAGGAGGAAGAGGAGCCCAAGCCAAAGGCGAAGAAGAGUUCAAUGAAGAUGGACCCUCUGAUGUCAGUGAGGAGUAUGGGACUCAGCAACCUUUCAGUCAAACAGUCCAAGAUUCCCAUAAACCCCUUAAAGCUGGUUAAUGCACCCCUGAAAAAAAUUAGAAAUAAGGAGGAGGAGCUAGAGGAGGAGGUGCCUGAGAAGGAGGAGUUAGACUGGUGGUCGAAAUACUACGCCUCACUGGAGGAGCUCGAGAAGCAGGCUGCUGAGAUUCUGGAGAUGGAGGAACAAGCCGAAACCGAGGGAGUAAAUCUAACCAUGGCGAACAUUGAAGAGGAAGAGGAGGAAGCCGUGCUUGUGGAGGCUGAGCCUCCCAAACGCAAAAAGAUUGCAACACUAAAGCUGUAUGGAGGCGAUCUGGAGUCAGAAUUCAGUCAAUUUCAGGACUGGCUGCGGGUUUUCCCUGUGUAUAAAGGUCGAGCAAGCGGUGAGGAUGAUGAGGAGGAUGAAGAGGCGAGGCUGAUGGGAAAAUACAAGGGUUCCUUCCUGGUUUAUCCGAUUGAACCAGAAGACACUGAAGACACCAGCUGUCAGAUCAUCAAAGGAAUCCCCAGAAACUCACCAGUUAAAGUCUUAGUCCGAGUCUACAUUGUCAAGGCCACCAGCCUGGCUCCCACAGACCCAAAUGGUAAAGCAGACCCUUACCUCGUGAUCCAAGUGGGAGAGCAGAAUAUGGACACCAAAGAUCGAUAUAUCCCCAAACAGCUCAAUCCAAUAUUUGGAGAGGUAUUUGAACUCACAGUGUCUUUCCCGGUGGAGACAGAGCUGGUUAUCACAGUCAUGGACCACGAUCUUGUGGGGGCCGAUGACCGUAUCGGAGAGACACGGAUUGACUUGGAGAACCGGUUCUACAGCAGCCACAGAGCCUCCUGCGGUCUCGCUCUUUACUACGACACUGAUGGUUACAAUAUGUGGCGGGAUGCAAAGAAGCCGUCGACUAUCUUAAAUGAGCUCUGCAGGAAGUACGGCAUCCCGUCUCCUGAGUACAGGCCAUCUGAAGUCAAAGUCCUCAACAAGAUCUUCAAAGUACCACCAGACGCGAUACCUGAAGACCUGCUGAAGAAGAACCAGCGGUCUCCAGAGGAGGAGGCAGAGAUACAGGAGCAUGCAGCCCUGAGUGUGCUGCACCGCUGGGGUGAAAUGAACGAAUUCAUUGCUGGAGUUGUUCCUCUGGUACCUGAGCACGUGGAAAUCCGGUCUCUGAUGAACCAGGACAAUCCUGGACUGCCACAGGGCUAUCUUCAUAUGUGGGUGGACAUGUUUCCCACUGACAUCCCAGCUCCGCCCCCCAUUGACAUAAAGCCCCGCCUACCUGAACAAUACGAGCUGCGUGUGAUCAUCUGGAACACUGAUGAUGUGUUUCUGGAUGACGUGAACCCGUUCACAGGCGACCCGUCCUCUGACAUCUAUGUGAAAGGCUGGAUAAAAGGACUGGAAGGAGACAAGCAGGAGACUGAUGUUCACUUCAACUCUCUGACUGGAGAAGGAAACUUUAACUGGAGAUUUGUUUUCCGCUUUGACUACCUUCCUACUGAGAAAGAGGUGGUGUACAAGAAGAAAGAGUCCAUCUUCUCUCUGGAGGAGUCAGAGUUUCGUCAGCCGGCUGUUCUGGCUCUGCAGGUCUGGGACUACGAUCGCAUCGCUGCCAAUGACUUCCUGGGUGCAAUAGAGUUGCGCCUCAGCGACAUGGUGCGACCGGCAAAGUCAUCCGGUAAGUGUACGAUUUCGAUGGCAAAGGAUCGGGCCAGCCCUCGAUUCUCGAUCUUUCGUGCCAAGAAGAUGAAGGGCUGGUGGCCCCUGACUCGUCCAAAGACUGCAGAGGACUUUGAGAGGGAGGAGAAGGAGAAGGAGGAAGCCAAAAAGAAGGGACGCAAAAAGAAAAAGAAGAACAAAGACAAGAGGAGCAAGUUGAGAGAGGAGGACAUCCAGUACACUGACAGCAUGGGCAACACUUUCCUGUUAAUGGGAAAAGUGGAGGCGGAGCUUCAGCUGGUGACAUUGGAGCAGGCGGAGGCCAACCCUGUGGGUCGGGCACGCAAGGAGCCAGAGCCUCUGGACAAACCAAAUCGUCCCACCACCAGCUUCGCCUGGUUCGUCAACCCGAUGAAGACCUUCGUCUUCCUCAUCUGGAAGAAAUACAAGAAGUAUAUCAUUGCUCUGGUUAUCAUCACCAUCCUCACGCUUUUCAUCGUCCUCAUAGUCUACACAAUGCCACAGCAAAUCAGCUCUCUCAUCAUCAAGGGGUAAAGAAAUGGAUGGCUGGUUGUUGACCUGACCUGGCCCAGCGUCCUUUUUAUUCCUCGCUUUUGUGUACCUAAUCUGUA